AUGUACAAAAAUGCUACCGUCCUAAUCACUGGUGGGACGGGAUUUUUGGGGAAAAUACUGCUGGAGAAAGUGCUGCGGUGUUUGGAAGUGCGGAAAAUUUUUCUGCUCAUUCGUAGGAAGGAUGAGAUGAGUGCCGGCGAACGGCUAGUGAAGCUACUGCAGGAUGCGAUAUUUGAAAAAGUUCGUGGUUGCUACCAGACCGAUGAGCAGCUCUACAGCAAAGUGGAAGCCGUUCAAAUAGACCUGGACGGGGAUGUCCUGCUGUUCGAUGGUGGCUCGAGCAGCGAACGCCGGUUGCUACAGGAAACGGACAUAAUUUUCAACGUUCUGGCGUCGGUCAAAUUCAAUGAAACCAUUCGCAAUGCCUUGGCCACAAACGUUGGCGGUACGAGAAAGGUGCUGCAGUUGGCCGGACGCAUGGCUCGCGUGCGGUCCAUUGUGCACGUUUCCACGCUGUAUUCCAACUGCAAUCGGGAGGAAAUUGAGGAGAAAAUCUACGACGACUUGCCACUUCGACAGGAGGUGGUGCUUCAGUUUACUUCAACCCUGACGGAGCAAGAGAUGGACCGCUUUCAGCACUGUUUUCUCGGACCGAUGCCAAACACGUACACGUUCAGCAAAAAGUGUGCCGAAAUCAUGAUACGUGACGAUUUUUCCCAUCUUCCGAUUGGAAUAUUUCGCCCUCCGAUAGUGAUUUCCACCUACCAGGAACCACUUCCGGGCUGGACCGACAAUCUAAACGGACCCGCGGGCCUCUGCACGUGGACCGUCAAGGGAAUGAUCCACACCAUCUGGGGUAACGCAGCCAAGCGGGCAAACCUGGUGCCCGUCGAUUAUUGCGUUAAUGCCAUCAUCGUGGCGGCAUACGAUAUUAUGGUGAGGCAUGGGAACCGAAAGAGAUCCUUGUUGACGGAGCAAGAUGACACGGGUAGCGAAAAAAGAAGUAUGUCGUCGCCGGCGGAACCGAGCCAGUUGGUAGACAACAGCGAACCGUUUGAAUUGCCGACGUACAAUUUUAUGUACCGAGAGUACGGACUCACAUGGGGAAAGUAUAUGGAGAUGGUUUCGCUUGGCUUCGAGAGUCGACUGCACCAGGUGGUAUGGAAUUACUCGUACUGCAUCACUGCCUACCGUCCAGUAUUCCGAGUCCUGUCGUUUUGUUUACACACCAUUCCAGCCGUUCUGCUGGAUCUGCUCCGUAAAAUUCGCCGAAAGAAGCCCUUCUACUGGAAGGCACUCCGAAAGACGACCCACUUUCUGGAGCUGAUGUCGUACUUCGGCCUCCGUGAGUGGACCAUCGGCAAUGGGAACGUGCGUCGACUGAGGGGGCUCCUGUCCAGGGACGAAGCUCGCCUACUGGAGUUCGACAUGAAAACCAUCAACUGGGUGGAGUACUUUCGAACGUACAUUCCUGGCAUCCGGCGGUAUUGGUUCAAGGAACGGGCGGUUCGCGGCGAUCGCUGGAAGUCUGCGGCCAAUCGGAGGUUUCACUUCUUGCAACGGCUGCUGCAGAAGCUCCUCUGGAUUUGGAUUUGCCUGCGCUUCACCCGGGUAACGUCCAAAAUUAUGCUGAGGAAUUUGUUUGCCAUCCUGAUUGCGUAA